GAACCGGGGAGGGGCUGGUUUUGUUGACAGGAAGAGUGUGGUGCGCUGUCGACUUUGUCAGCCAGGCUGCCUAGGUGGCUUGUAAGCAACACACAGAAGACAAUUCAGCCAUCUAUUCAUCAAAGGAUUGUCAAAUUGAACUAUGGUUUUUAAGACCGAUCCAGGGCAAAUAUGCAAUGGAGGUCAAUAGUGGUUGCUCUCGUCGUGCUCAGACUCACUGUCAGUUGUCUGCUAUGGCUAGCGUUUGGACUGGGACCUAGCUGGGGGUUCAACUUCCCCCUUAAUUUCAAUUUCAAUUUGCACAAAAUAGAACUUUUUAAGCAAGACGAUGGGGAAUCCGCAAAGGCCAAUUCCUGGUCACAACGAAUACACGGUCAUGGAGACGCACAAUGCAGGACCUCUUGUGCCAGUAAAGAGGACUCACCUAAGAAGUCUUACCUUAGCCUCUUUGAGGGGGACAGGGACGAGUAUGACAGGAGAUAUAGCUCCUUCCCGGACACACUCAAGAUAAAGAUGAAAGGCAUGGCCAAAGACAUGUUCUACUUUGGAUAUGACAACUACAUGAAAUAUGCCUUUCCUGAGGAUGAGCUGAAUCCCAUAGACUGUCAAGGGAGAGGGCCUGACGUUCUCAACCCGUCAAACAUCAACAUCAAUGAUGUUUUGGGAAACUAUUCCCUGACACUCAUUGACACCCUUGACACCUUACUGGUACUGGGGAAUGUGUCGGAGUUUCACAGAGCUGUGAAGUUGGUGAUAGACACUGUCUCUUUCGACAAGGACUCCACUGUGCAGGUGUUUGAGGCUAACAUCAGGAUCCUGGGUAGCUUGAUCUCUGCUCACAUCCUCCUGACUGACCCCAAGCAUCCCUUCGGCAACGCGGGCCUGGUGGACUAUGACAAUGAGCUACUGCACCUGGCCCACGACCUGGCAGUACGCCUGCUGCCAGCCUUCGAGAACACCAGCACAGGCAUUCCCUACCCCAGGGUGAACCUGAAGAGUGGUGUCCCUCCAGACAGCAUCAAUGAGACUUGCACAGCAGGGGCUGGCUCCCUGCUGGUGGAGUUCGGCAUUCUCAGCCGUCUGAUUGGCGACUCCACGUUCGAGUGGGUGGCCAGACGGGCUGUCCGAGCCUUGUGGAAACUGAGGAGCAAUGAGACGGGCUUGCUAGGGAACGUGGUGAACAUCCAAACGGGACAGUGGGUUAGCAAGCAGAGUGGCCUGGGAGCAGGGAUGGACUCGUUCUACGAGUACCUGCUCAAGUCUUACAUCCUGUUUGGAGAGAAAGAGGACUACCGGAUGUUCCAAGCUUCUUAUGAGAGCAUCCAGAACCACCUGAGAAGAGGGAGGGAGUCAUGUAACGAAGGAGAAGGGGACCCUCCUCUCUACGUCAAUGUGAACAUGUUCAACGGCCAGAUCAUGAACACCUGGAUCGACUCCCUGCAGGCCUUCUUCCCUGGCCUCCUGGUGUUGAAUGGUGAUGUGGAGGAGGCCAUUUGCCUGCAUGCAUUCUACUACGCCAUCUGGAAGCGCUUCGGGGCCCUACCGGAGAGGUACAACUGGCAGCUACAGGCGCCUGACGUGCUCUUCUACCCCCUGAGGCCAGAACUGGUGGAGUCCACCUAUCUCCUGUACCAGGCAACCAAGAAUCCUUUCUAUUUACACGUUGGAAUGGAUAUCCUAGAGAGCCUAGAAAAAAAUGCCAAAGUCAGGUGUGGGUAUGCCACUCUCCACCACGUGGUGGACAAGUCCAAAGAGGAUCGCAUGGAGAGCUUCUUCCUCAGCGAGACCUGCAAAUACCUUUACCUGCUGUUUGACGAUGACAACCCCUUGCACAAAUCCGAGAACAAGUACAUCUUCACCACGGAGGGCCAUGUAGUGCCUAUCGACAAGCGUUUUCGGGAGAAGCAGUGGAACGACCUGUCCCCCUGUGAGAAGGUGGUACCAGAUCAGGAAACUUCCAAUGGGCCUUUCUCUAACAAUAGCAACUGUGACCGGAUCCCCGAGGAGCGGAGGUAUUCUCUGCCUCUGAAGAGUGUGUACAUGAGACAGAUCGAUCACAUGGUGGGACUGUUUUGAGCUCUUGGAGGAGAGGAGGACACUGGUGUGAACGGGUCCCCAGUCAGUAGACUCACUCAGGCACAGCUUGUUGUGCGACUAGGACGGGGGAAUAAACCCUUGUCGUCUCACCCCCCCCCACUCAACUCUUCUGCUGCUCAGGACCAAGGUGGACAAUACCAACUCUCUAGAACACCUUUGAAUUAUAAUUUUAUUUUUUUGCGUUAUUGUCUUAUAAUAUGCAUCACUUAGUGUACAGAGGGAGACAUUUUUUUUUAAAGGAGACUUUAAAAAUAUAUAUAUAUAUAUAUAUAUAUAUGUUUUGAUUGUGAUUCGUCAGGGUUGGUGCCAGUACGACUGGGAUUUUUUGUUUCAGGAAUAAAUGAACCAAGCAAUGAGGCAUUUAGUGUUUGGGUGUGGGUCUGUAGCUAGGUUUUCUGAACAUACAGCUGAUCUGUGAAAUAUUUUUUGGGUUCGGGGAACAGUGCCAUCCAGAUACAGGUUUGUAGUCCACAGCGUAGUUUUUAAUGUGCAUUACUCAAAAAUAGAUCUCACUACACAUGGGGACUAGUGCCUCACUGCUUGGGAUUUCCAAAGGCCACUUUGGAAUGUCAGAGUUCUUAUGUUUUCAACUGAGAAGUUUUCAGAGGCCUCCGCUUCGGAGUCAUACAGCUUUGAACUUUUUUCCUCCAUUCAGUAAUAUUACGUUUGUGAGGUGAAUGUGUGAUAUAUGCAUCUCUGACUAUCAUGCAAUGGCCCUUGCAAUAGGCAGAUGUAUGCAUGUCAUUUUAUGUGCCAUGACAGUGAGAUAUAGAUUUACACAAUCACAUGGACAAUAGUGCCUUGGGCUUUUUGGUUCAUUGUUAAUACAGACUUACCUUUACCUGGUAUGUAUACCUGACAUACAGUCUGUCAUACCUGUAUGUUUGAACAAAGCCAUAAAGUGUGUCAUGUUUUUAAGGUCGCUGUGUAAGAGUGUCAUGUCUCCAUUGAACAACAACGAUACAUUUCUACUCGUAGUAUUCCUAUUCAAGAAAGGGCUAUAUCAUGUCAGACACUCAUGCGGAAUAUAUUUUCUGUUGAGCAUGCAGGUUGUACGGCUUUGUUCACGCUCCUGUUAGCUUAGCUCUAUAUCCAAAGUUUUAGUACGUAGUAAUACAGUAUGUGUAUGUGGAAGCAGAUGGUCCUUCCCAUCGACAACCAUCCCUGAAUGCUGCUAUCAGAAUGUUUUAAGUUCCUGUAUGUGGAGAGGAAACUCAGGGAUUGACAAAUGUCAUGUUUCUUUUCUGGGAGUGAACUCUCGAUGGUUUUUUGGUUAAAGAUGAUCUUCUUGACAUCUUGUUUUUGCCCUCCAUUGUCUUCGAACCGUCUCAGUUAUUUUGGUUUUUUGAUAAACGAAUCAGGACUGAACCAUUCUUCUCUUAGGCUGUCUUGAAUUUGAACUAAUGAUUUUCUCCUCUACAGUACUGUUCAGACCGUGUUGUAACAAUGGGUUUUCUCUUCAUGUCAGAAAUCUCUUUUAAAAAAAAAUAGUCUGAAAUAAAUGCAAAGUACAGAACA